AUGUAUUAUUAUUCAUUGUGUGUAGAAUGUCCCGAGGUCGACGUUAACAAAGCAACAUUAUCAGGUAUUACAUCAUUAUUAAUGGUUGUCGAAAUUGGUUGGUCAGAUAUACUUGAUAUUCUUUUACAGGAUGGUGCUAUUGUUGAUUUAACAUACUCUGAUAAAAGAGCUGAAGAUAAGAAAAUAGUUGGUUCAAUACCAUUAAUUGGUGCAACUAAGUACAAUAGUGCAAAAUGUAUUAAACUCUUAUUAGCACGUAAUACUAAUUCAAAUCAUAAAAAUCAAUCAGGUGUAUCAGUGAUACUGCUUGCAGAUGAAAAAGGUUAUUUUAAAUGUCUUAAAUAA